AUGCCGAAGAAGUUUGCAGGCGAAAACAGCAAAGCUGUAGCUGCUAGACAACGCAAAGAAAACAUUAAGCAAGAAAAAGAUCAAAAAGUAAAGAAAUUGGUUGAAGAUGCUGAAUGGGAGGAUAACGACGAUAAAUUAAAGAAGAAACAACAGAAAAAGGAAGAACAAGAAAAGAAACGCCUAGAGCAAUUACAAAAAAAAGCUGAAGCCAAAGCACUCUUGGAAAAAGAAAUGGAAUCAAUUAAGGGCAAAGUGGCUGCACCUCCACCACAAAAGAUCACUAGAGCUCAAAUUACACAGAUGAAAGAAAAAGCAGUUAAAACAGAACCCGUGAAGCCUGUGCCAGCAAGAGUGGUCGUAGAGGAACCCCCUCUAGAAGAGAAUAUUAACAGGUUACAGAUUGAAGGAGAAGUGGCUCAAUCUGUAGAGGAGGCUAUUUCUGUACUUAGUGACAAGACUGAUGUAGAUAGGCAUCCUGAAAAACGACUGAAGGCAGCAUUUACAGCUUUUGAAGAAGUCACUUUACCAAGGUUGAAAGCAGAAAAUCCAUCGCUCAGGCUUUCACAACUAAAACAAAUGCUUAGAAAAGAAUGGCAGAAGUCUCUGAACAAUCCUCUGAAUCAGAAAGCU